GAAUUUCUCAACCAUAUUUAUUAUGCUGCUUUGGUUGUAAAAAACUACUUGAGUUUCUGUUAAAAAAUAACCAGUUUUUGCAUGUGCUUUGUGAUGGUCAAACGUGAUGAUGUAGAAUGAGUAUGCAGAAAAUACAUAACUGUAUUUUUGCUUUGAAGUUUUAUCAUAAAAUUCACACACAUGUAGAAUGUUAAUAGGGAACAAUUAACAUUUUUCAAGAUUAAUUAUUCUUUAUAGUUAUUAUUAAUGGUAUAAAUAUAUGAGGAAUUAUACUCAAUUCAAUGUUAGAAUAAGAUGUUUACAUACAGUCCAUUUGCACAAUAACAAUUGGAUUUACAUUCUGCCGAUUCUGCAAAGUGCAUGUAAACCUGUGACUCUAACUGUAUAUUUACCAUAAGUUCAGCUUUGGCAGAAAUGAGAAGCCUUAUUACCACAAUACUUUGAACAUUGCUCUCUAUGAUGUUCUAACCUAUUCACAAGGUCGUGCAGUUAAACAUUAAUUUGAUGUUAAUUUAAUGUAACCACCCACAAGCUUUCUUGCCUUUAUGCAGUGACCACUCACCUGUGCUUUCUGUCAAUCACUAUGGUUGAUUUUGGGGAGAUUCUUGAAGCUAUUGGAGGCUUCGGGCUUUUCCAAAAUCUUCUCCUUUUUGCACUGUGCUUCCCGAACCUCAUACUGCCUUUUCAUUUUGCCAGCGUCCUCUUUAUUAAUGCCAACACCAGCCACCAUUGCAACACUGACUGGAUUCUACAGUUGGGUCCAAAUUUGACAAGGGAAGAGCAGCUUCACCUGACUGUACCCACACUCGAGGAUGGUUCCUUUAGUCCCUGUCUGAUGUACAAACCUGUGGAUCGGAAUCUCAGUGCUAUACAGGAAUAUGGCUUGAAUGAAACCACUGCUUGCAUUGAUGGAUGGGUUCAUAAUGAUACUAUGUACGACUCGACUAUUGUCACAGACUUUGAUCUUGUUUGUGGCAAUGUAAAUUCACUUAGGGUUGCACAAACGGUAUUAAUGGCUGGAAUACUAGUUGGAGGUCUGCUCUUUGGCCCUCUUUCAGAAUCGUUGGGACGCAAACGGGCCACACAGAUUCCUGUGGUGCUCAUGCUCAUUUUCACAGUGGUGACUGGACUCGCUCCGUACUUUUAUGUGUAUAUCAUAUCCCAGUUUAUCAUUGGUAUCUCCAGUGGAGGAUUUCGGAUCAACUGUGUUGUCCUUGCCACUGAGUGGACUGGAACCGCUCAGAGAUCCUAUGGAUCCUGUUUGAGUCAGGUACUGUCAUCUCUGGGACAGGUUGUCUUUCUUGCCCUCAUAUAUUACUACAGGGACUGGAGAAUGUGCCAGUUUAUAAUGGCUGCUCCGAUUGGAUUUGUGGUCCUCUACAUAUGGUUUAUUCCAGAAUCUGCUAGGUGGCUUCUUGACCGUGGUAGAACUGCAGAUGCGAAAGAGCUCAUUCAGAAGGCAGCUAAGAUCAACAAACGCACAAUUCCUGAUUCAUUAAUGGCGAAGGUCUUAUCAGAAAAGCCUGCUGAAAGAGAGGGGAUAAAAAUCCUUUUUGCUUCACCUGUGCUCAGGAAAUAUUUUAUAAUUAUUAGCUUUGCGUGGGCGGCAUUAACCCAGGCAUACUACAGCCUCUCUCUGAAUGUGGGGAAGUUUGGCCUUGAUAUUUUCCUCACUCAGCUCAUAUUUGGCCUCUCUGAUGUGCCUGUCCACUUUGUCUGCAUGUGGUUGUUGGAAGCAGUUGGAAGGAAGGCAUGUCUUAUUGGAACCCUCCUAGUGGGAGGCCUUUUCUGUAUCCUGACUAUUGCAAUUCCGCAAGGCAAUUACAUAGCUGUCACUGCUCUUGCCACAUUUGGAAGACUUCUCAUGAACGGGGCAGGCAGCGUUACCAGCGUUUAUAUUCAAGAACUGUUUCCCACCUCUAUCCGUCAGACGGCCACAGGACUUGGUGCCACAGCUGCACGAGUAGGAAGUAUGUUGUCUCCUGUUCUGGGCAUGUUGGAGGUCUACCAUUUUUCCAUUCCCACUGUGGUGUUUAGCAGUUUAGCAAUAACAAGUGGGGCACUGGUCUUCCUGCUUCCUGAGACCAGAUGUACUGAACUGCCCGAUUCCAUAGAGGAGGCAGAAGGCAAACGGAAACCGAGGAUGUCAGCUAAGGAUUGGGAAGAAGUCAAUGCAACCAAAUUAUAAGUCUUUAACUUGUGUGAAGUUGUUUUUGUGUGUCUCAUUUUCUAUUAAAUAUGUUUUUGUAGUGUUUUGAUUUGUUGCUGUUUCUUUCCCAUUCAACAUGACAAGAUUUGUAGAAUCUGUGGUGAAGCUUGUAAAUAUAAAACGAUACAGUCAACCUCUUUGUGAAUCACUGAUUUAUUUACUCCUGUAGUUACAUGACAUAAAUGUGUCAUACAAUAUUGUGGCUCAUUUAUUAACUUGGUCAUCAUUGCAUUGCACCUUUAAUCUUAAUCCCAUAUUUCUGUCAAUUAUCUGAUUUUUUAAAAAUCAAUACUAUACCACUUAAAUCUAUUUUGCAAUAUUACCCCUAUAUUGACAGAGAAAGUCUUUUAAACAUUUUUCUGAGUAAUCUGAGUAAUAAUUGUACAAAAAUAAAAGUCAAAUCUACAUCUGCUCAUUAAAGAAAUAUUUUUUUCUGUUUAUUGGUAUUGAAGUUUAAUCAUGGAGCCAUGUUAACUACCGAAACUGUACUAACUCAAGAAGUCAGACAGCCAAUCAUUUUCAGCAUUCUGUGGCAUCACAAUAUUUGUGGCAGUGUUUGUUUGAUCUGAUUUGCUAGAACUGUCCUGUGCUGGAGCCAUCGCAGGAAUAGAUGAAAAUAUAUCAUCAAAUAAGGUGCUCUCGGUUGUCUUGGCAACCUCAG